AGGGUCUCUCGCAGCUCCGCUGACUUUUGAAGGAAGACCCGGAGAAGAAGACCACCCGGCUCUUCUCGCCAUGCGUCUUUAGGAGAGGACUUCGCCGGGUCCAGACGAUGUUCGCGCCUGCGGGGAAGCGCUGCUUCACCAUCGAGUCCCUGGUGGCCAAGGAGAACCCGCUGGCGGAGGAGCCCCUCCGGCCCACGGCCCUCGCCUACUCCAGCCCGGCCACGGACGCCCUGAUGGGCGGCUACCAGGCUCCGCCGGCGCGCUCGCUCUACCAGAGCCCGGAGCUGGUGUUCCCGGACUCGGUCAGCCACCCGUCGCUGGCCGUGGGGCCCCACCAGCACCUCCAGCACCACCACCCGCACUUCUUCGGCUCCCAGCACCGGGACGCGCUCAAUUUCUACCCCUGGGUCCUCAGGAACCGCUUUUUCGGGCACAGGUUUCAGGGUCACGAGGUGUCCCAGGACAGUCUCCUCCUGCACGGCCCGUUCGCCAGGAAGCCCAAGCGGAUCCGGACCGCCUUCUCCCCGGCCCAGCUGCUGCGCCUGGAGCGGGCCUUCGAGAAGAACCACUACGUGGUCGGCGCCGAGAGGAAGCAGCUGGCGGGAAGCUUGAGCCUGUCCGAGACGCAGGUGAAGGUGUGGUUCCAGAACCGGCGGACCAAGUACAAGCGCCAGAAGCUGGAGGAGGAAGGUCCUGACAGCCAGCAGAAGAAGAAGGGCAACCAUCACAUCAACAGAUGGCGCAUGGCCACCAAGCAGAGCCACUCGGAGGACAUUGACGUCACCUCGGAGGACUGAG